AAAAAUGCUCAUUUGCAUGUCCUAUGUUGUCUGACCGAUUUGUUUACAACAACUGUCGUCAAGCCACGCCCCUAAUCAAUGUUGACCCUUGGAGCAAGAUGGCCGCCGAGGGUGGGAAAGAAGGGGGAAACGUCAAGACUUCAGCGUUUUUAAUCCUUUAUUGAGCGACUUUUGACGCUGACAGCCGCGUGAAGAAACACAGGUAAACUAAAGCUUUACUAGCUAUGCCAGACAAGGUGAAAAUGUUGCCCGGAGUCGGCGUAUUCGGUACGGGAUCGCUGUCGAAAGUGAUGGUCUGCAUUCUCCAGUCCGCGGGCUUCAAAGUCGCCGCCCUGUGGGGCCGAACCAGCGAUCUGGCCGAGAAGGUCGCCAAGGAGCUCGACAUACCGUUCUACACGAGUAAAGUGGACGAUGUCUUGCUGCACCAAGACGUGGACGUUGUCUGCGUGGAGAACCCUCCCCAUCUGCACGCUCAAAUCGCCGUGAAAACACUGGGAAUAGGCAAACACGUCCUGUGUGAGAGACCAGCUGGCCUGUGUCAACUGGACGCCUUUAGGAUGGUGAACGCCGCCAGGUACUACCCGACCCUCAUGUCCCUCAUGACCCACGGCUUGCGGUUCCUCCCCGCGUUCAUCAAGAUGCGUGAGAUGAUCCGAGACAACGAGAUCGGGGAGAUCCUCGUCUGCGAGGUUCGGGUCCACUGCGGGAGCCUCCUCCACGAGAAGUACAACUGGAUGUGUGACGAGGUGAUGGGCGGCGGAGUCUUGAACACCAUUGGCUCGCACAUCGUCGACAUCAUCACCUACCUGACCAAUCAGAAGGCGGCAAAGGUGCAGGGCACCUUGAAGACGUUCUUGCAGCAGACUGAGAAGAUCCGGGGGAUCCGACACAUCACCAGCGACGACUUCUGCAGCUUCCAGAUGCAGCUGGAGAAAGGGGCGUGUGCGACCGUGACCUUGAACUCCCACAUGCCGGGACGGUUCUUACACGAAGUCCUCAUCGUCGGGAAGAAGGGGAGCUUGGUCGUUCGCGACGCCGACCUCUACGGGCAGACCAAUGACUCUAGCAAGGAGGAGAUCUUGUUGGCUGACACGACGGAUGAGCUACCGAGCCUCCGUAAACUCGGCAUCACGAAUCACUCCGGCGACCUCCCCGUACCGUACCUCAAGGGACUGCUGCGAUUGGUCGACGCAUUGAAGGAGUCUUUCGGGAAGGUGGAAGAUCGGCGGAGCUGGGCUGAGGAGGCCGUGGACAUCGCGGCGACGUUCGAGGAUGGGCUUUACGUGCAGACGGUGUUGGACGCCAUCCGUAAGUCCAACCAAGAGAAUGGAGGGUGGCAGAAAGUUAACAUCAUGACAGAGGAGCCUGACCCUAACCCAUUCCUGUCCUCGGCUCUCAGACACAGCCAAGUCUCACUGCACUAAAUCCAGGGUUUUCCCUAUUCUGUUAACCUGGGUGCCAUUUACUGACCAGGGCUCCUAUUCCCACUCCCUCACAAAAUAGGAGCCAUGGUAGUAAAUUAGAUGGCAGGCAUGCUAUCAUUCUGUCAUUUAAAAAAAGAAUCUUGUCGCUAGUGGCAAUUCUGU